AUGGAAUUGAAGUUUAUAAAAACCAUUUCGUCGAAGGUGCUGAUCAAGCAAAUGGAUGAUAUAUUUUCUCGUUUGGGAACACCACGAACGCUGAGAACCGAUAAUGGUCGGCAAUUUGUAAGUCUCGAACUUCAAGAUUUUUGUCGGACCAACGGUAUUACCCAAAUAACGACACCACCAUAUUGGCCACAGGCGAAUGGCGAAGUUGAAAAUAUGAACAAGUCUUUGGUGAAAUGCCUUAAAAUUGCGUGGUCGAAAGGGAAAGAUUAUAAACGAGAGAUCCAAAACUUUGUCGUGAUGUACAACGUAACACCACAUGGAACCACAGGAGCAGCUCCUUCGGAAUUGAUGUUUAAACGCAUCAUUAGAGACAAGCUACCGGAUGUUCGAGACGUUGUGGGUGAUGUCGGUGAAUCUUUGGAAAGAGACUUGGAUUGUUGGAACAAACAGAAGGGAAAAGAGAAAGCAGACAAGGGAAGAGGCGCCAAAGUAUCGGAUAUCCAACCCGGAGACAAAAUUGUGCUGAAGAAUGUCUUGUGCCCACCCUUAGCUGAAACCCACGUUUGA